CUAAAUUUUAGCACUUUUCAAAAUGGCGCCCGAAAACGCGUCCAACCUCUUCCCAAACCAAAACUCGAAAAAUACAGCAAAAUGUCAAAAGCGGCGGCUCCUGACUUGAAGAAGUAUCUUGAUAAACAAGUAUUUGUUCAGUUGAAUGGUUCCCGAAAAGUUUACGGAGUUUUACGGGGAUACGAUAUUUUUUUGAACAUUGUUGUCGAAGAUGCUUACGAAGAAAAAUCCACUGGUGAAAAGGCACCGAUCGGCUCAGCCGCCAUCCGCGGAAACUCUGUUAUAAUGAUUGAAGCUCUUGACAAAAUUGCUUAAUGAAAAGGUACAACUUCGUGCUUUGUUAAAAAAAAAUAAAAGGGAGAGUUCACUUCAGGAGUUUCUACUUUUCUCUAUUCGCGAACACUACUUUUAUUUCUUCUCUAUCUUCUCUUCUAUACUUGUACGCCUCUAUACAUUCUUCUGUAGUAAUGUUUUUCAAUAAAUAGUGCUUCGCGUUGUGUGUUGUAU